CCGGAAAUGAGGCAGGCAACAACACUUAGUCACAGCAUUUCAAUCCAUAUCCACAAGAAGUGUAUAGACUUUUUUUGUUUUACAAGCUAAAAGGUGAAUGACGCUAAUGUUAUGUAACUCAUUCUGCGGCCCCAUUUGGUAUCCAUUAUUAGACCACUUGACUUUGAGCCAGGAGAAUGAACGAACAAGGAAGUAAGAAGUUGCAAAUCGCAACAAGUGAGAAACUUCAAAGAUUCGAUACUUUACGUGGUAAGUGUAGCCUUAUAGAAUUAGGAAUUAAAAGACUAAUUUAAUAGGAUCUCUAUGUGUAGCUUGUUGUAACUAUUCAUACUUAAAGCUUCAAUGCAAAAGUUUAAUUUACCUGACCUAAAGCUUUUGCUGUUAAAUUUGAUUGAUUGAUUGGCUGCAUAGGUUAGUCAUACUCUUAAGGAGCCUAUCAUUACUCCUUAAAUGUUAUUUUCAGAGGUGAAUCGAUUCUCAAUUGCGAUACGGUUCUAGAAACAUAAAGCCCUUUACUUUCAUAUCACAUCAAAACAUACACUUACUGUACACGGGUGGGAGGAGCUAUAGGAAGACGGACUCAUUGUAAUGGCUGGAAUGGAAUCAAUGGAAAGGAGUCAAACAUGUGGUUACCAUAUGUUUGAUACCAUUCCAUUAAUUAUAUUCCAGCCUUACAAUGAGCCUGUCCUCCUAUAGCUCCUCCCACCAGCCUCCACUGCUGUGCACUGUUUUAACCGGCUUAAUCGCCAUUGCAGCCAACAGUAUUUUUCAGUGACAACACAGUUCUGGCGGCCUUCUUCCUUUACACACAGGUGUUCCGAGCAUGCUAGAAAGCUAAUUAGCACAGGUCGUCCCUCUGUCUUCCGUCUGUCAUCCGUUAACACGUGCUGUAGCAUGGAGAUAUGUCUGUGUGGGAACACUAAUGUGUAUCAAUUUAACAUUUUAGUUUUUUGAAAAUUAUUUCUAGCUGAUAUGAAAGAUAAGGUCCUUCCAAAACCGUACCGCAAGCGAUGUGUGUUAAUGUUCAGACCAAGCGUCAGGGCUCUUGACAAAACUCCCCCGUACAGAAGACACCUUCGUCCAAUGACUCUUAUGUGUAACGCAAUGGAACUGAGAGUCAUGAUCAAGGGCUAGGCUAGUCACUAGCCAUGUUGUGUUGGAGAGCAUCAAAACUGUGAUGUUUCAGGGAUCAAUUCUCACUGACUGAUCUACAAGAUCUACAAAUAAUAAUGAGUUGUUAUUUAUGAUGCAAGGUGAUUUGUAGAUCAGUCAGUCGGCAGUCGCCUGCACUGUCGGCUUCAAUGUCGAACAAUCCCACAGAAGCUAAUAUAUGUGUGUCAUAUAUUGCACACCCUAAGAACUCAAAUCAGUUUGUCUUUCUAUAUCCAAUCUUUUUUUUCUGACUGUCCACACUCAGUUUUAUGUGUGACCCACAUCAGAUUUGCACAUUCACUCUGAUGUAGGCUCUGAAGUAGCCCACAGAUGCCAUGCUCAUUUCCUAUCACUGUUCAAUGAAAUUGUUGGGUGGUUGUCAUGGUAACGGCAGGUCAUGUGCAAAACAACAAUAACAACAACAACACUUCAAGAGUAAAAAAGAAAUGUGAUCUGAACUUCCAGACAGAGGUCAUAUAUGUAGGAUGGUGCUUUAAAUUGGAAGUCAAAAGAUCAGAUUCCAUGUGUUUUAUGUUGUUGCUGUUUACACAUUAGGGAUGAGACCAGAUAGGUAUCAGAUAUGCAAAUAAUUGGUAAAAGAUCUGAAUUGGGCUGCCUGUCUAAACACAGCCAUGUUUUUUUGUCAUUUAGGUAAGCAGGUGCAACCUGGAGAGUUUUGGGAUCUAGUUGUGUUAACUGCUGUGGAUGAUGACCAGAGAGAAGCAUAUGAGCUUCAGAUCUCAGAGAAACUUGAGAGGAAAGAGAUCCCACUUGGCAUUCCUUAUCACGUGUUCUCAGAUCCACCAGGAGCCAAAAUAGGUGAGGAUAACCUAUAUUAUUGUUCUGUUUCUGAUUUAAAUAUUCCGUUAUUAAGUGUCUCAGAGUAAAAUAGUACAAUAAACAUAGGACAAUUACACAUGAUAGAAGAGUAUAGGUACAUUUACACAUUUUCAGUUUUGCUUUUAAGAUCACAUUGAAAAAGAUUACAUGGACAAGGAGGACCUGAUCCUAGAUCAGCAAGCCUACUCUGAGAUGCUUGGUACAUACAGCCCCUGAUUUCGUUGAAGCAUUUCACUUUGACUGAAUUGAACUUCGCUCUCAGGAAAUGGAGGCGCGACACUGCACUCCCUACAACAGCUGGAAGACAUCUAUGGGAAGGCUUUGGGUGGAUACAGGGUCCUCCUAAUUCAUGCAGGUAUAAUCACUCAUUCAUCUACACUUAAGUACAUUUACAUUUUAGUCAUUUAGCAGACGCUCUUAUCCAGAGCGACUUACAGUUAGUGAAUACAUUUAUUUAUUUUUUUAUACUGGCCCCCCGUGGGAAUCAAACCCACAACCCUGGCGUUGCAAAAGCCAUGCUCUAUCAACUGAGCUACAUCCCUGCCGGCCAUUCCCUCCCCUACCCUGGACGACGCUGGGCCAAUUGUGCGCCGCCCAUGAGUCUCCCGGUCGCGGCCGGCUGCGACAGAGCCUGGAUUCGAACCAGGAUCUCUAGUGGCACAGUUAGCACUGCGAUGCAGUGCCUUAGACCACUGCGCCACUCAGGAGACAAGUCAUGAUUUACUGUGUGAAUAUAACAUUUUAAAACCGUAUAUUAGUUGGAAAUUAUGUAAAAGUGAUAUAAAUGUAAGACAGGCCUAUAUUAUUGAAAAAUGGUAUGCAAGCACUACUGUAAGUCUACUGGAAGACACUUUGGAUAAAAAUGUCUGCUAAAUGGCAUGAUUGUUAUUGACUGUUUUAAAAUUGCUUUGAUUUUCCAAGGGGGAUUCAGCCAGCGCUUGCCCAAUGCCAGUGCCCUGGGGAAAAUCUUCACCCCCAUGCCUCUGGGAGAUCCUCUGUACCAGAUGCUAGAGCUCAAACUGGCCGUGUUUGUCAAUUUCCCCUCGCACAUGAAACCGGGUGUGCUGGUGACCAGUGCGGAUUGCAUAGAGCUCUACAGCAUAGCAGAGGAUGAGAGUAUCAGGUUUGACAGGUCUGGGUUCACUGCCCUAGCCCAUCCCUCCCCCAUCUCCAUUGGAACCACACACGGAGUGUUUGUGCUGGACCAGCAGGAGAAGUCUGGAUUGGCCGACAUGGAAUACAGGACCUGCCUCCAUUUUCUGCACAAACCUAGCGUCAAGAAGAUGCAUGACAACGGUGCUGUGUGUAAGAACGAGGAUAACUGUGUGUCUCUGCUGAGUGAUGCAGAGUUUGUCUACACAGACAGUACAUAUUAUGUGGACUACCAGACUGUGAUGUCUUUACUUAGUCUGUUCAGAGAGGUGCGUCCUUUGGGCUGCGAGAUAGAUGCCUAUGGGGACUUCCUUCAGGCCCUGGGUCCCCAAGCCACGGUGGCGUACACCAACAACACAGCCAACGUCACCAAGCAGGAGAGCAGCCUGGUGGAGAUGCGUCAGAAGAUCUUCCACCGCCUCAAGGGAACCCCGCUCAAUGUGGUGGCCCUCAACCACUCCAAGUUCUACCACAUCGGCACCACCACCGAGUACCUCUUCUACCUCAGCGAGGACCCGUGCCUGAGGAGCGAGCUGGGCCUAUACAAGGUGCUAGGUUGCAACCAAAACUUCAGCUUUAAGGUCUGCUGUGAGAUGCUCAGUGACUUGAAGCCCGGCUCCUCUUUAACUCCAGGCUCGGUGGUAGAGUACUGUAGGCUCGAGGCCGGCGCCCACGUGGGUGGGCGGACCAUCCUCAGCGGCUGUUGGGUAGGCGCGGGCCUAAAGGUGCCAGAUGGAACCUUCAUACACUCCCUCUGCGUGAACCGCCAGGGCCAAACAGGUUUCGUCACCGUCGCCUUCGGCAUCGAGGACAACCUCAAAAAGGCUGUGGGGGCCCCUGCAAAUAUGGAGGGGUUGAACCUGUUCGGGGCAAGUUUGGUGGAGUGCCUGGCGAAGUGGGGCCUGAGCCCUGAGAGCCUGAGGUUCUCUGGAGACACAUCGAGUUGUAGUCUGUGGAACGCCUGUCUGUUCCCUGUGUGCCCGGAUAUGCGUGACUCGUUCUCCCUGACUCUGGAGAUGGUGCAGGCACUGCAGCCAGGCGUAUCCACUGUCACACUGCCUCUUGGCACCAAGCUGAUGUCUCUACAGGAGGCCCUGCAAUCUAAACACCUGGAGAAGAUGCUCAAGUACAGGAAGAGACUCAUGGAGGACGUGGAGAAGAAGAAAUGGAGCUGA